UUCUCCUUCCCGCUGCUUCCUUCUUUCGCUUUCUACCCCCGGACCUUGUUCUGCAGCGCGAGCUCCUGGCGGGCACUGAAACCAGCGGGAGGAGAACCCCCGACCCCGGUGAGCAAGCCCUGCUCGGGUCACCCCCGAGCCCCGUCCCCCGGCGCUGGGGGCGGUGCGGGACCGGUCCCGUCGCGGGAGGGUCCGGAGCUGGGGACGGUGCGGGACCGAUCCCGCUCCCUUCCUCCCGCAGUGCCCCCAUGAAGCCGCGGCAGGCGGAGGUGUCGAUUCCACUGCAGCCCCCCGGGGCGGGCGCGACCCCCGCCAGCAGCCCCGUUGAGCCUCCCCGGGACUACGUGCUCUGGUCGCUCUUUAACGUGCUCCUGGGCUUCGGGCUGACCUUCCUCGGCUGCUUCUGCUUCCCUGCGCUCGUCCAUUCCAUCAAGGCCCGAGACUGCAAGGUGCUGGGGGACAUGGAGGGUGCCCGGCAGCACGGCACCCGUGCCAAGGCGCUGAACAUCGUCUGCUCCGUGCUGCUGGUCCUCACCCUCUUGGGCAUCACCAUCUUCAUCAUCAUCUCCAUCGUGCUCUCCACCACCUGACCACUGCGUGGCCACGGCCCUGCUUGCUGCCACCCCACGGGGUGCUGCUGUGACCCCCAUAAUGCCCCGCCUUGGGGGCAGAGGGAGAGGAGCGGUGCCCCCUCGCUACCCGCGCUCCCGGUGUCCGCUCCACCGCCUCGCAAGGGGACGGCUGGGACAC